AUGGCUCAACAGUGUAAGCUUCUGAGUACCAUUCUAUAUGCCGCCUCUAAUGAGAUUCUCGUAGCCUUCGCCCAGCAGGUCAGGGACCGCAUCAGCCUUCCUGCUGGUCUACCUUCAGAGAACUCCACCUCGUCUGCAUGGCAAUAUCCUCCUGCCGACGUUGCAAAAGCUCAAUCGUCCACUCUUCCUCCAGUCACUGAUGUUGCCAUCAUCGGGUCGGGUAUCACUGGCACGAGUGUCGCCCAUACGAUGUUGAACCACCCCUCUGCUGCCGGGCUACGCAUAACUAUCUUGGAAGCCCGCGAUGCCUGCAGCGGCGCUACGGGCCGCAAUGGCGGCCACCUUGUUUCCGAUACCUGUGGGCGAUUUGAGGAUCUCGUCAAUGGCUUGGGUACCGAGGAAGCUACAAGGAUUUUGCGCUUCAGCGAGGCUAAUAUCACGGAGCUCAAGGCAUUGGUGAGCCAGCUUGAACAAGAGGAACGUGACUUUAUACAGCUCCGAGAAGUCAAUGCCACGGAUGUUGUGAUGGAUAAGAAAUCCCUGGAGGAGGCCAAACGUUCCUUGGAGUUACUGCAAGCUACGAUACCCGAUACCAUCCUCAAAUAUGGCAUGACAGAGGAUCAAGACAUCAUCAAGAACGAAUACAUGUAUCGUGAUGGCAUUGCCUGCUUUACUCAGGAAGGCGCAUGCGCCCUCUGGCCUUAUCGACUUAUCACCAUCCUUCAGAAGCGUCUACUGGACUUGCAUCGUGGUAGAUUCUCCCUCGAGACGAAUACGGCCGUCACUUCAGUUUCCUAUCAAGACAAGUCACUGGAUGAACCUGGAUACGUACUGCAGACAACACGAGGACCCAUCAAGGCCAAAACAGUUAUCCACUGUACGAAUGGCUAUGCAUCUCAUCUGCUACCAGGCCUGACUGGCAAGCUUUACCCAUUGAGGGGUACAAUGUCGGUGCAAGAUCCUGGGGCUGCUUUCCCUCGAGUCGGCGACCGAUACUCGUGGACACAGAUGCACGAAAGCCGCUAUGAUCCUGAGACAAAGCGCAUCACGACAGGACUAUACUAUGCUCAGCAAAAUGCUUUGACAGGGGAUAUCUACAUAGGAGGAGAGAGUCAAGAAGUCGAGAACUUGUUGACAAGUGAUGACUCUACGGUUGCGACAUCUGCCAAGGAUAACAUCUCAUCUAUCAUCCCGAAGAUCUAUUCAGGCGCUGAUGGCGCUCGCGCGAAGAUGGUCUGGUCUGGAAUCAUGGGCUUCACAACGGACUGGUUACCCAUGGUUGGGAAUCUUGGGCAAGCUGGUAUGGGGCAGGCCUCCAAGGAGUGGAUAGCAGCUGGGUUCAACGGCCACGGUAUGGAUAAGUGUUGGCUGACUGGCCAAGCUGUGGCUAGAAUGGCCUUGGGUGAGGAUGUGCCUUCAUGGUUCCCCAAGUCUUACCUCCUCACUUCGGAGAGGCUUAAGUCUUGCACUUUAGACGCUUCGGUGGCCUUGUUCCAGGAGACCUUUGUCGACCCCUCUGCCAAGAUUUGA